CCUCUACACCCCCCAACAACCCGUGCCAAAGUCAUUUGCUAUCAUGGCAUUCACCACGAACGAGCUUCGCGAUGAAGCGAUUCGUGACAGGAUCCGCCUUGCUACGGAAUUCCUUGAUCCGACAGAUGCGGCGGCAAGAUCCUAUCGUGCGGAUAUUGUGUUGAUGCUGAACCGUGGCUUGCGGCGGCUGGUUGUGAGCAUCGACGACAUCCGAACUCAUUCUCGAGAACUCGCCGACGGCAUUCUCUACAGGCCAUUUGACUAUUCACCCGCCUUCGAUGCGGCAUUAAAGAACGUCAUUGCCACAAUACCAAAUCGUGCACCUUUCGAACAAGAUGAAGACAGAUUAUACUAUGUGGCGUAUUCGGGCUCAUUUGGAGAGAACACAUGCAAUCCUAGGACCCUCGGAAGCUCGCUACUGAACAGAAUGGUGUGCCUUGAAGGCAUAGUGACCAAGUGCAGUUUGGUCAGGCCAAAGGUCGUCAAAAGUGUGCACUGGAGCGAGAAGACACAAAAAUUCCUUUACCGUGAAUACAGAGAUCAGACUAUGAGUGCCAAUGCGCCGGCCAGUCUCAGUGUCUAUCCACAGGAAGAUGGAGAUGGGAAUCCGUUGAUCACCGAAUACGGGUAUUGCACAUACCGCGAUCACCAAACCAUCAGCAUACAAGAAAUGCCAGAAAGAGCCCCGGCUGGUCAGCUCCCCCGUGGCGUCGAUGUCAUCAUGGACGACGACAUGGUAGACCGUGUUAAGCCCGGCGACCGGAUACAACUCGUUGGGAUUUUCAGGUCUUUGGGGAACAGGAAUGCAGGCUCUGGAUCGGCCAUCUUUCGCACAUUGAUUUUGGCGAACAACGUUGUGCUACUAUCUUCGAAAUCCGGAGGAGGGAUUGCACAGGCCAUAAUCACGGAUCAAGAUGUCAGGAACAUCAACAAGUUGGCGAAGAAGAGCAACGUUUUCGAGUUGCUCUCGCAGUCAUUGGCACCCAGUAUAUACGGCCAUGACUAUAUCAAGAGGGCCAUCCUGCUCAUGCUGCUUGGCGGUAUGGAGAAAAACUUACCCAACGGCACUCACCUGAGGGGUGACAUCAACGUCCUUAUGGUUGGUGACCCUUCUACAGCCAAGUCUCAGCUUCUGCGCUUUGUCCUCAACACUGCGCCCCUAGCUAUCGCAACUACCGGUCGAGGCUCCUCAGGUGUUGGUCUCACAGCUGCAGUAACGUCCGAUAAAGAGACCGGAGAGCGACGCCUCGAGGCCGGUGCCAUGGUUCUCGCAGAUCGAGGAGUUGUCUGUAUUGAUGAAUUCGACAAAAUGAGCGACAUUGAUCGUGUCGCAAUCCACGAAGUCAUGGAACAACAGACUGUUACGAUCGCCAAAGCAGGUAUACACACAUCUUUAAAUGCAAGAUGCAGUGUUGUUGCAGCAGCAAAUCCCAUUUUCGGCCAAUACGAUAGCAACAAAGACCCACACAAAAACAUCGCUCUGCCCGACUCGCUCCUUUCGCGUUUCGACUUGUUGUUCAUUGUCACCGAUGACAUCGAUGACAAGCGGGAUCGGGAGAUCUCCGAACACGUGCUUAACAUGCACAGAUACCGUCAGCCAGGAACAGAGGAAGGAGCUCCGAUCCGGGAACAAGCCGACCAGAUCCUGGGGGUUGGUCUACAAGAGGAACAGAGCUCCACCCAGACUACGGAGGUGUAUGAGAAGUAUAAUGCUAUUCUUCACUCCGGGUUUUCCGUCACCGGCACCGGCAGAAACAGAAAGAAGCAAGUGCAUCCGGUCAGCAUGCCAUUCAUCAAAAAAUACAUCCAAUAUGCAAAGAGCAGAUGCAAGCCGGUCUUGACGAGGGAAGCCAGCGAAUAUGUCGUCAGUGCAUAUUCCAAUCUGAGGAAUGAACAGAUCAGGGCCAAUGAGCGAAGGACCAGUCCGAUCACCGCAAGAACACUCGAGACUCUGAUCCGUUUAUCGACGGCACAUGCCAAAGCUCGACUUUCCAGCCGUGUGGAGGAGAGUGACGCCGUUGCAGCAGAGGAAAUCCUUAAAUUUGCCCUUUUCAGAGAAGUGGCUGUGAAGGAAGAUGGGCGAAAGAAGAGACGCAAAACUCGCAAUGCCACCGAGGACAGUUCUGACGAGGAUGAGGAUUCAUCCGACAACAGCAGCGAUGAUGACGUACCAUAUCGCGGCACAAGGCCAUCGGCUAACAGGGGAAUCAAACCACAAACACGAAGUCAGCUGUCUCACCGGGCCCAUGGCAACUCGAAUCCAAGAAGUUCCACGCAAGUGAAUGGACAACCCUCUGCCCAAGCUGAUGAGUCGGAUGAGUCGGAUGGGACACAGAGGACGUCGCAGCAGCAGACAGGAGCAGAGUCACAGCUGUCUCGCAUGAGCAUUGCCAGCUCCAUGCCAAGUUCCCAGCUGCCGUCCACGCAGGCUGAUUCACAAUCCCAACAAAACACCACAGCAGAAGCUGCCGCAAGCAUUUCGCCACCACGGCUCGCUUCGUUCCGUGCGAUUCUCGGCUCUCUGACCCAGACCUCGCUUUUCCAGAAUGACAUGGCAACUGUUGCAGACCUUUCUGCAGCUGUCAACCACCGAAUUUCCGAGAGGAAUGAACCGGAAUUCUCUGACGAUGAAAUCACUGCUGCUUUGAGGUCGAUGGCAGAGGCCAACCAAAUUAUGUUUCUUGAGGAAAGUGGCGAGGUGUACACAUUGUAGUUUGGGUUGUGUCAUGGUUAUGAACUUGAUGAAUGUAAAACAUACGCAACAAUUUGAGUUUCCAUUCCUAAUUCUAGUCCCCAGUUGGUGCCCCUAAGUACUGAGUAAGGGUUGCUCUUUGAUGGAGCGGGCUCCGCUCAGUAAAGCUAUACAAUGCGAGGUAUAGCCAGUGUCUUCCAUAACUCUUGAAGGUUUAAAUAGUACAGGCGAAAGGUCGAUCUCUCACAGCAUGAUGCUUA